AGGCCGGGCGCGGCUGGAGGGUGGACUCUGAGCGCGGCUCGCCGCGAGGCUACACGUGCGUCACAGGGGUCGGACGCGUCGGACUCAACUCCAGCGCGGCCCGCGCACGGCGCACGGCCACCACCGGCCUCCACUGGCGGCAGCCGGCGUCAGCCCGCCGCAGCCCGUCGGCACUAGCAGCAGCAUGGCCGGCGACUCCAACGCGGAGAUACCCGAGAGCGGGGCGGUGUUCACCUUCGGCCGCAGCCGCUUCGCCAACAACGCGGCCAGCCAUUUCUUCAUCCGCAACGACCCCGUCGUGGAGAUGAGCUGCGGAGACGAGCACACGGCCGUGGUCUGCCAAAAUGGGCGCGUGUUCGCGUUCGGCAACAACAGUUGGGGCCAGCUGGGACUGGGGCACAAGAACACCGCUACCAUGCCGAGCUGCGUGAAGAGUUUGAAGCCGGAGAAGGCCACUCACGUCGCUUGUGGGAAAUCACACACCAUAAUCAGCACAUUUUCAGGGAAGGUGUUCGCCUUCGGCAGCAACAUGGACUGCCAGCUCGGCGUGGGCGACACGGAGGAGCGGGUCAGCCCGGAGGAGGUGCCGGGGCUGUUCACGGGCGAGGACGGCGUGCGCAUGCUGGCGGCCGGCUGCCAACACUCGGCCGUGCUCACGGUUGACGGAGGUGUUUAUGUGUGGGGUAGUAACGCUGACGGGCAACUGGGGCUGGGAGACUCUGUUACAGUUGUAGAUACACCAAAACGUAUUGACAUUCCCCACACAAUAGCCUAUAUAAGCUGUGGUUACUACCACACCGCUCUAGUUACUGAGGAUGGAAAGCUUCUUAUGUGUGGAGAAGGAGAAAAUGGAAAACUAGGUCUGUCAAGAGAGAAUAGAAAUAUUUUUGUUCCAACUCCUGUCAAUAUUAAUGUACCCAUCAGGUCUGUGGCUUGCGGAGGAAAUCAUACAAUUGCUGUAUCAAUGGACGGUGACGUGUAUGGAUUUGGUUCAAAUUUAAGUGGCCAGUUGGGUCUUGGUAGAGAAGUUUUAUCUUUUUCUGUCCCUGAGUGUAUUGAAACAUUACUCGGGAAACAUGUUUGUGCUGCUGCUUGUGGUGAAAUUCAUUCAGCAUUUCUUACAGUGGAAGGUCAUAUGUAUGCUUGUGGAGAUGGUCGCCAUGGAAAAUUGUGUGUUGAUAUAGAAAAUGGAGAUGAUGGAACAGUUCAAUGUACGCCACAGUUUGUAUCAAGAUUUUCUCAAUACAGAGUGAAGCAGGUUGCCUGUGGCGGUUGCCAUACAAUGGUACAAGCAGUUCUUGAGGUUGAUGCUUCAAAAGGUGAUUCUGACAGACCAGUCAAUGGAGAUGUAUCACUAAGGUUGCAGAAUGCAGAGUCAAAUGAUAAUGAGAAGACUUCCGCUUUGCCUGAAGGACAAAAUCGAGUGCUUCCUCCUCUUCAAAAUGCACCUGCUCUCAAUGGUUUUCCAGAGAAAACAUCUAAGAGGGAAAUUGAUAUGCCCCAAAAUUUGGCAACCGAAACUGCAAUUGAAACAACUCAGUCAACUGUAGUCAGAGAAGCUCGGGAGGUGGCAGAGAAAGAAUACGGAAGAUCUGACCAAGGCUCACAAGCAAUGGAACAGAAUGUAGAAACCUCUCGGUUGAAUAAUGGUAACAGAUCACUUGAUGAUGAGGAGGAACAGCCUUUAACAUCUCAAAAAGACUUUGUGACUGUUGUAAAUGGUAACCAUAAAAUGUCAGCAGAUCAACAGAAUGCAGAACUGUCCAAUACUGAUGAGACUUUAGCAACAGAUAGCAGAAAUGAUUUAUUUUCUAAAUUUAAUCUUCGGGAUGCAAGUGAUCUCACAAAUGAUUACCAUGAUAGUUUGAAUGAAAGAGAUGAGGAAGAAGUUGAGGAGAACUCUGAUACACCAAGGACUGUAGAAGCAGAAAAUGACGAAGAAUACAUAAAAACUUUAGAGGGAAGAAGAUGUUCUGUGGAUGUAACACCAACUUUAACUGUAACUGGAACAGAUGGUGUUGACUUGGACAAUGAAGAGGUAACUGUAACAGGGGAAGAUAAAUCUAUAAGCAAGCCAAAUAUAAUGGCCAACAUUGACAAGGGAGAGGGGAAAAUGGCAAAAUUCUUCAAUGCUUUUCGUCGUAAAAAGUUAUCCGAGGAAAAUGUUUCUGUAAACAAAGCUUGGACCGAUGACAAUAGGAGAAUAUCAAGUGAAAACAAUCUCAAAAAUGGGAAAAGUUCUCAAUCUCAAAUCAAAUCUGGUCAGGUGCACAGGUCAAAGGCUUGUACAAUCCUGUGACAUUAUGACAUCUAUCAUCAGACAUUCAACUCACCUUAAUAACAUUCCAUUGUAAAGAUUUUUUUUAAUGAAAAAAAAAAAAUAAAAUUUAAAAUUUAAAACUCCAAUUGUGAAAUAUCUUUUGUAAGGUUUGAUUGUGAAUCCAAUCUGUUAAAAUACAUGUGUGUCUAAAAUACACACAGGCAAUUUUGUAACUUAGUAGAGUCUUAACUUAAGAAGUUACCUCUGAAUUGAUCACUCUGUUUUGUACUAUAACAUGCAGACUACAAAAUGAGACAGAUUGUAGACUAUGUAGACAUAGCCUGAGAAUCUUGGAUCUUGGGAAGUAUACAGAGGUUAUGAAGGAUACAUAAUUGCAGUUCUAUAUAAGUUUGUUUUGUUGGACUUCAGUCAAACCAUGUGUGCUCAGGUUUGAAUCCCGUAUUCCUGCUAUGCUCUGGUCUGUAAAACUACAAUAAAAGAGGUUCAAAAGGCAAAUGAAAGAGAUGCUUGAUGUGUGUUGUUGAAUGAUGUUUAAUACAAAUACGGUUAACCCAAGUAAGAA